UUUACUAAUAAAACUAAUAAAUAGGAGAGAAGAUGGAAUAACGAUUAUGAUUAUUCAGGAAAAGGAAUAUUACAUCAUAUCUCUCUCCUUCUGCCUUGUUUAUCUUCCAGACUCUAACUAUCAGUAUCUCUCUCGAUUCAUGUCGGAUAAGGGCAGGCCAUUGCCAAAGUUUGGUGAAUGGGAUGUGAAUGAUCCUGCUUCAGCUGAAGGCUUCACUGUUAUCUUUAACAAGGCCAGAGAUGAGAAAAAGACUGGUGGAAAGCCUGAGUCACCCUCAAAAGCAGAUCCAAACAUAAAGUAUGCAGUGGAUCAUGUGAAGCCUCAGGCUAAAAAAUGGUUUUGCUGUGGAAACGGGUCGCUUGAAGAAUCUUAAUCAGGUGGAGCUCCAGCAAUAGUAAAGUUGUGCACAAAUGUCCUCACCAAUUUUCCUUUAGAUAGGAGGUGUAAAGUGGUAAUGGGGCACUAGUGGAAUCCAUGUUUGUGUGUUAUUAACUCUCUUUUGUGGGGAAAAAGAUUCUGGAUAUACUAGUUCGGUGCGUUUGUAGAAUUAAGCCUUUGUUUGUCUAUGCCUUGUAGAUUAUCUUUGUAUUUGUUUUCUUAAGUGACACAUAAGUUUUGUGA